GGGUUUGGACUGCUAGCAGCACGUCAGUGAAACCUUUUUCCACGUGAAAUACUACAUUCGAAAGCGGAAACAUUUCUCUAUCGAACGUGUACAUCUUAGACAAAUUUGCUCUUUAGAAACGAAUUUUAAUUUCACUGUUUAGUCAAACCCGAUGCAGGACACUAUUGUUGAUAGCCCCUUAUUCUACUCAAAAACAUCACAAUCUUUUUCACUGCAAAAAACACGUCAUAAUCUAAGAAGUAGAACUUAUAUUUGCCUAUGCAUAUUGCAAUGAAAAGGGUGUUAAUGGAGUUCAACUCAGAUCUAAGAGCUAAGGUACAAUCUAAAUGUGUCUCGUUUGUAUUAUCUCUUGAAUGUAUUCGAAUCAGAGCAUGCUCUGAUAAGCUCUCUCAAAUUGUUUUCAGAGAGUCAGUUUCACAUAUUUUUGAAUCUGAUACCUAAAACAAAACAACUUAAUCUGUAAAACGAUGCAUACUGUAAAAGUAACUUUCUUUUUGUUUUAGUGUUGCCAAUACGGUUAAACGAGCAUUACUAAUUUGGUUAUCUGUGUUAAUAUUUCAUAAUCCUGUAACAUUUUUGAGCGGUUUCGGAACAUUAAUUGUUAUAUUUGGUGUGAUACUGUAUAAUGAAGCGAGAGAUUUAGAAAAAAAAACAAUUGAACAGUCGACGUUGAUUACAUGGAGAGGUAUUUAA